GAUGCGAGGGUACUAAAGGGAGGGGGAACCGAGUACCAGUUCUAUCCCGACUGUGUUGCGUUGCAGGAAGACUCUUGGUACCUUUUCUCUGGUGCACAACAGCUGCUCACCAUGCCCACAGACGCUCAAAGCGAUGCUCGCUCCUUCCUCACGGAGGAGAUGAUUGCAGAGUUCAAGGCUGCCUUUGAUAUGUUCGACACGGAUGGCGGCGGUGACAUCAGCACCAAGGAGUUGGGCACCGUGAUGAGGAUGCUGGGUCAGAACCCAUCCAGGGAGGAGCUGGACGCCAUCAUCGAGGAAGUGGAUGAGGACGGUAGUGGUACCAUUGACUUUGAGGAGUUCUUGGUCAUGAUGGUCCAACAGCUCAAAGAGGACCAGGCUGGCAAGAGUGAAGAGGAGUUGUCCGAAUGCUUCCGUAUUUUUGACAAGAACGGAGAUGGCUUCAUCGACCGAGAGGAGUUUGGAGACAUUCUGCACAUGACUGGAGAGACGGUGACAGAGGAAGACAUCGAUGAGAUGUUUGGAGAAUCCGACACAAACAAAGACGGAAAGAUUGAUUUUGACGAGUUUCUGAAGAUGAUGGAGAACGUUCAAUAAAGUCCAUCAUGUUCUCCUUCACAAGCGUCUUUGAACAAUGAACAUAUUUGAAGAGGACUUCUUUUCUUGGACGUCAUCACUGGAGCUGCUGCUCAGCUUGUCUAGAAACAUACAGUAUAUAUAUUUAUUUAUAUAUAAUAUAAUAAUAUAAUAUAUAUAUGUUUAUUUAUUUAUAUACUGCAUACAUAUACAGUAUAUAUAUUUACAGUAUAUACAGCAUACAUAUCCAGUAUAUUUAGUGCUGUCAAAUGCCCCAAAAUCACAGUUUUCCAAUGAAUUAAUCAUGAUUAAUCACCAUUUGCAACUAUGUGGCCUUUUUAUUUGCUGUUUUAUUGAAAGAAAGAUAAAAGGAUGGUACUGUGUAAUACUAUACAGUAUAUACAGUACUUGUAUUUGUAUUUGUAUGCAUGAAAAGCUCCUGCCAUCACCGUGCUAUUUUUGACAGCCCAAUAUAAAUAUAAUCACCACCACCUUGAAAGCACCUCCAUGCUUGUAGGAAGUACUCCAGCACCUCCAUGCUUGUUGGAAGUCCUCUUGCAGCACCUCCAUGCUUGUAGGAAGUCCUCUUGCAGCACCUCCUGUCACGCUCUACCGUGACACGUGUUUUAGUUUUGUGCUGUUUUCCGUGAUGUGGUAUGAUAUUGCUGACUUCUCCUCUGCUUACUUACUCAGACUGUGACGCCUCCUGAGCUGGGCGGAGCUACCGGAUCUCUGCAGCUGUGUUCAAUCAACUACCUUUUUAAUCUCCUUACCUGCAGCCAGCCAGUGCUGGAUUAUUCUCAAUGGUUGUGCUUCCAGACCAUGUGCUUGCUCCUGCUACCACUUACUGUUUAUCCUCCUGUUGCAGUUCUUCUUACCAAUCCAACCAGCUCUACCAUCCUGCUGCACCAGACCUCCGUCCAGCUCAAGUGGUAGUACCAGUACCUUUUUUGUUCAUUGCUGUCCCUAUUUUUGCUCAUUGGGCCCUCCUUAGUUUUUGCACCGUCGCCCUGAGUUCCUGUUUUUGCCUCCUCUGUUUGCACAUUAAAUACAUCUUGAACUUUUGGACUAGUCCCUGUGUCUGCAUUUUGGGAUCCAAGUAACACAGCUCCCUGAGCCUGACACCUCCAUGCUUGUAGGAAGUCCUCCAGCACCUCCAUGCUUGCUGGAAGUCCUCUUCCAGCACCUCCAUGCUUGCUGGAAGUCCUCUUCCAGCACCUCCAUGCUUGCUGGAAGUCCUCUUCCAGCACCUCCAUGCUUGCUCGAAGUCCUCUUCCAGCACCUCCAUGCUUGCUCGAAGUCCUCUUCCAGCACCUCCAUGCUUGCUGGAAGUACUCUUCCAGCACCUCUAUGUGAAAUAAAGCAC